AUGAAUACUAGGAACAUGUUUCUUUUGCUGGUUGUAAUGGUGGUUCUCACAACACAAUGUAGUGCAAGGUCAUUGGUUGAUACAAAUGAUGAUAUAGCUGUUCGAGAGGAAGAUCUUCUCAGUUUUUAUGAAAACCUGAUGAAAUACUUGAAGCCAACCGCCAUAAGUGGCGAAGAGGUGCCAGUGUUCGACAGUUCAAUUUCACCAGCGAAUGCACCAGAACCCACUCCUGUUCCAGAACCCUCACAUAAGCACAAACACCACCAUCACAAGCAUGAGCAUGAAGAGCAUCAUCACAAGCAUGACCAUGAAGAGAAUGAACAUCACCAUCACAAGCAUGAGCAUAAAGAUCAUCAUCACAAGCAUGAACCAAAAGCGUUGCCACCAACCACUCCUACAUCAGCACCAGCACAAUCUCCUGAAUCUUUCAGUUUCAUGACAUGGAUGUGGUGA